AUGAGAACAAGACUUCUCUCCAUUAUUACUUGUUUAUCUUCAAGUUCUGCUCUUAUUUUAACAGAAGAUGGGAAGAUUUACGUUUGUUCAGGGAAGAAUUUGUAUGCGUUUGAGAGUAAUGGUACCAUUUCUUGGACCAUAAAUCUUGGGUACACAUGCCAUGCUGGUAUGGCUCCAGUUCAUGGCGGUCGAGGGAAGACAGAAAUGGAGGGAAAGAUCAGCCGCACAAUUGAUGAAUACACUUACGUCUCAGCAAUGCAACCGAAAACUCUAAUCUUUACUCUGUUGGUUCCAGCAAUUGGGACCAUCUAUUGGUCUGAAAGCUCUCUUGGUGAGUUCUCGUCCUUACUAUCUGAGAGUGAUUUGUGCCAAUUUGUAGUGGAUGAAGGGAUCCUUCUUGCUUUCUUAGGUGCUCAAAUCAGAAGCUUGCAUCCAGCUGCUUGCAAGCAAGUCCCAAGCAUAUCGUCAUCUACACAGCGUUCCCUCCAGCUAAAAAAGAAAGUCUUCGACAGGACAAUUACAGAGCUUAAGCAGAAGGCAGCAGAGGAGGUAGUGGCCAAUGAAGUUGCUGAAAAGUUUGGGGAGAUGGUACGAGAAAGGGAAGGCGUAGAGAGGAAGCUCUCAACAACAUACAGUCUGGGCAGAGAUAGGGCUGGAUCUCUCUCAAAAUCUUUGCUUCCCCUAUAUGAUGGGAAAGCAAGGAGCUACUCUUUUCAAGGUGUAAUGAAAGAGAGCGUGACAGUAUUUCACACACUCAGUGACACUACUUCUGGUGAAAGCAGCAGCGAGAAAGAGACCGGCUCGGAAUUUCACGAUGAGGAAUCAGCAGCAAAGGCAAAGGCACCCAUGGAAGCAAAAAGCUCAAGCGAUGAAGGGAGCUUUGGAAGAGACUACGGGAGAAGUCCAUUAGAGAUCACAGCAUCAAGUUCAAGAGGCUUACCGAUCCAUUUCCAAACAAAGGAGCAAGAAGCGGGGGAAGUGACGAUCAUGCAUGAUGAGGAGGAAAUUGAAUCCACCCGAUCAACUGGUAGCAGAUUAAGGUUAAAGAGAAGGAACGCCUUGUCUUCACCGAAUUAG